UUUGUUGUUACAGUCGAAAGAACAAGGAAGGAUAGUCGGUAGAGGAGAGUUAUGGAUCAAGGUGCACAAAAAGAAGGAUGGCUCAUAUAUGAAUGAUGAAGCAAGAGCAAUUGGUGAAAGAAUUGAGGAAAUUGAGCAACAGGAUGAGUCUGCCAGAAUGUUGUCUCAAAAUGACUCCAUUGCUCAGGUUUUCGAAAAAGAAAAAUCGGGUAGAGUACGUGGUGUGGGUUUUGGACCGACUUCUAGUCAACUCUUCGAUCCGAAUUCACAUGCGCCUGGCAACGGAGUCCAACUAGAGGAGACCCAGAGGAGGCUGCUUGAACUGCAGGUAGAGCUGGAAGGCGAGAAGUUGAAGAGGAAGGCGAUGGAGGACGAGGCAGCAGCAGAGAAGAAAAAGAUGAAAGUAAUGGAGGACGAGGCAGUAGCAGAGAAGAAAAAGAUGAAGGCAAUGGAGAGUGCUCUGAUUUAUCUGUUUCAAAGGCAGGGUGUGGAGCUACCACCAGACAUCGCUGCAGGGAUGAGUUUCAUGGAAUGAUAGAGCGAAAAUAGAAUAUUAGGAUUGGAGUUAUUUUGCAUUGAAGUAAACAUUUUAUUGAAUUAGACUGAGCAACUCUACGAAAGAGAUUUAUUUACUUCGUAU